AAAAAAAUCAUGAUGCUAUAAAUGUACAGCAUAUAGUCAACAGAGACAAGAUUUCAACUUUCUCCUUGUGAUUCUGUCGAUUGAUAUGACUGUUUAAAAAAAUUAUAAAAUGGAACAAGAAGUGCAAGUCCAGAGCUUGCAAAGAGUGGUGAAAAGGAGAAAAAGCAGUAAAGAAGAUAUUAUUGACAGAAAGUUUGCCUGCAGUACCUGUGGUAAGGCAUUCAAACACAAACAUCAUCGUACUGAACAUGAAAGACUACAUACUGGUGAAAAACCUUACCAUUGUGAAUGGUGUGGAAAACGAUUUGCCCAUUCUGGCUCUUUCAGUCAACAUAGAAACCAAGCAUGGUGUAAAAAUGCUGAAGGUAGAGAUCGAGAUAAGAAAAAGAGCAGAAGUAAAAGUGUGGAAGCAGAAAAGAAAAAGCCUAAUGCAAAAGUUUUAACUGCAAGACCGACUGAGCAGACAAUUGUUAAUCAUCCUCAUCAUCAAGUUGUUACUACGGAAACCAUCAAAAUAGAACCAUCAACUAAACAGACAUACCCCAUUUUAAACAGUCAGCUUUCACAACAAGCAUACCAUCAUGUACCAAGUACGACAAGUGAACAGUCCUACCAAGUUCCGAACACAUCUGUUGAACAAUCUUACCAGCAACCUGCCAUUGAACCAAAAGAUCUGUCCUAUCAACAGAUAGCCAAAUUGUUACAAGGAGAAAAUGGUGUUCAGAUUCCACCAGAAUUUGCACAAUCUGCUUCGGCCUGGCUUGUUGAUAAUGCUAACAUGUUAGACAUACAUUUAAGUAGUGUGUCUGAACAAGCAGGAGGUAGUUCUAACGUGCAAUAUUUGUAUACAGUACCAGGAGAUCAAACCACAUACUGUCUUUCAGGCAUUCCAUACGUUAACAAAGUUAUUGAGGCUCAGAAUGAGGGACAGGAAGGGGAGAAAGAAACACUCAGUGGGGAUGGAAGCCAGUCUGCCUAUGACUGCUUCAAUAUCUUCAAUGUACAACCGAGAUCUGAAACUGAAACUAUUAAAAAAGAGGGUGAGGCAAAGUCUACUAAUGCUGAGGAUUUCAGUGUUUUUAACGUCCAACGUAAAAAUGACGCAGAAAAGGCUGCAUUAGAAGCUGGGGCCUUAGAAUCAUCAACAGCAGUCAGUAAUUUACUAGAAUAUGCUGCUGCCAUAGAAAACAACACACGGUCACAUGAAGAACAACAGUCUGUGGGAGAUAAUAUGGUCAGUGAGAUUAAAACUGAAGAUGGUGCUACAGCUAAAUUACCUACUUAUGAUGAAGCAGUGAAAAAAGAAGAUGGAAUCAGACUCCAGUACAGUGUCCCCAUCAAAACUGAACCACAUACCAGUGAAGAUGAUAAAAGGUUUAUUCCAGCCAUUUUACCUGUUAGCCAAUCCGCAAUGAACCAGAAGUUACCUUUUCCAAUAAGUAACAUCCAGUGUGUGCUCUGUCACGAGGAAUGUGCCAAUACUAAUGCCUUAGUUGAGCACAUUAGGAACAAACAUUAUUGUCAAGUAGCUGACCAGCUCUCUUCAGCAAACCACACAGAAUCAUUGCAAGACAAGACAUCAACAUCCAGUAGUGGAUUCACUAUGACAUCAUAGUUGACAUUUGAUGACAUCAUAGUUGACACUUGAUGACAUCAUACAUAGUACAAAACCAUGCAUUUUUUGUACAUUCCUAGAUAUACCUUAUUGUUUGUUAUAUGUUUGUUUUAUAUUGUUAUAAUUUUUUGUGCACGUUAACAAAUGUUGAAAAUAGUUUCGAAGAUGUUCCUAUUUUUCCUAAAAUUUAUUUAUUUAGAUACAUUUAAUUUCACUCUUUUUGCUUUGAAGUUAUACCAGGAUUAAGAAAUACAUAGAAAAUUCUUUUUCUAAUCAUAGGUCAAAUUUUACCGUUCAUUCUCUUGGUCAGAUCAGAAGAAUUUUAUAAUCCAUAAUUGACAGGUAUGCGUUUAUUAGGUGAAUUGUAGGUUAAUAGGACAUCUGUCAGUCACUAUAGAAACUAGUUGUUAUUACCAUGGUUAUGAUUGACAAAUAAUAUAAAUUCUUAAUUGUAAUAAGAUAAAGAAAUUUUACUGGUAUCUUUAAAUGCAGUGUAAUUGUACAUAAUUUUUGACAUGUUGAUGUUUCUUAAGAAAAAUGAUCUCAUUUCUAAACAAAAAUGCAAUGUUAUGUUGUCCUAGUUUAAUUUUCUGUCUACUAGGACUAAAAAUUUCUUGCCUGUAUAUACACCUCUGAUCACUUGAAGACCACAUAAAAACAUUCAAUGGAUUAAUCAUUUGAAGUUGGAUUUUGAUCUGGUUCAAUAUAACACGACUUUUACUACUCACAAGAGGAUUAAACAAAUGUGUGUUGUAACAAAAAUUUAAUGAAUCUUUUCGUAAUUUCAGUUGUGUAAAAGUGUGUUGAUAGUGGCACAUUUUAUAUGAAACUUGUAAGCACUAUGACUUCAUACUGAAAAUUUAUGUUAAUCACUUUAUGCUUGUUUACCCUGUGAAAUUUCAAAAUCUUUUUUUUUAAUUUACAUUUCACAGUUAAAAAAGCAGAAAUCUAUUAGUUAAAUUAAAUAUUUCAUCUAAAUUGUUCUGAAAAAUUGCUACGCAAUCAACACUGUUGUUGUACCAUAGUGUACAGUAUCAAAGGCAUUGUCAUGGAAACAUAUGCUGUCUGGGAUUUGUGCUUCAUUGGGAAACUAAUCUUGAAUAUGACAUUCGGAUUUCUAAGAUUCAAUGAAAAAGACACCUUAUUAAAUUUUUAUACUAUAUUAGGGAACUUUACUUGUUUUUCUGUCAUAUUUUUUGCAGACUUUGCUGACCACAAGUAGAUUGUCUUGAGCUUAUCAAAUUAUUAAGAUACAAUUAUAAGUAGUAUAAGAGUCAGAAAGACAGUAAAAUAAAGUUUUUUUCUGAAAUUUUCCGAAAAAGAGUAAACAUAUAUAUAUUACCAUUUAAUUUGUAAAAUAUAGAUCACCGUACCAUUUGGAAAAAAAAAGGGUUCUAAAUGUAAUUAUUAGAUAUGACAAAGGGGGAAUUAAUUCCUGGGUGAAACAAACAAACAUAUAUAUAUAUUUUUUUGGAGGAGUAUGUAUUUAUAUAAACCCCAAUUAAGACGAUAUGUUUUUGAAGGAGAUUUCUUUUAGGACAACCCCUGCUUUAGAAUGAUAAAAGGAAAUUUUGGGUUUGAGUUCUUGUUUUCUUGAUAUAUAACAAAAUAGUGUAAAAACUGGGUGAUUUGUAGUAAUAUCCAGUUAAAUUGUCUCCCCUUAAUUUAAUACUUUUGUUACCUCUCUUCGCCAAAUUCUUUACUUUUUUUUAUGAAUCUUCAAUAUUCUAGAACACACGUUUAAGAAAAUGUUUAAAUGCUUCAGUGAUUAAAUGUCCAAGAAAAAAACAAUAGAAUCUUUAUUAGUCUCACGAUUUCCAAAUAAAAGAAAAUAUGAUACUGACUAAUAAAAUAAGUAAGAUAUACAUCAUGAUGGCAUUCAUAGUUGCUCAUUUUAAAAGUGUCCGUUUACCGUAAACUUACGAUUUAAAAAAAUUUUAAUAUUUAAGAAAGGUGUUAAUAUUAUGUGAAAAUAAGACAUCUUGCAAAGUGAUCAUCAUGUGUUUAUCUUGUUUCUAUUGAAAUCACCAAAAUAUAUUUUCCAUUAGAAGGAGUUUAUAUAAUUGCUCUUUUUUAGAAAACCACAAAUCAAUAGUAUUUGGAUAAAAAACUUGAUGAUUUAUUGAAGGAGAGGUUUUUUCAAUCAGUUAAGGGCUGUAUCAUUUAAACAUGCAUGGUACUCAAGGAAGGCACUUUCAAAAGGGGUAUUUACCUAUAGUGGAAAUUUGAAAAUUGCACUUACAUUUUCAUUGCACUUGACACCCACCCAUAUUUGAAAAUUCAACGUGCCUUCUUGGUAUAAUUUUAUGGAACAUCCACAACAUAGAUCUGUAUACAUAUACUCAAAUGAAUUCUUAUGUUGUUGUUUUUUUAGAAAUGGUUGUGAUGAACUUCAUGAACAAAUGUGUAAAAUACACUAUUAAUAGAUGAAGAUAUUUCAAUCAUUUAUUAUUGAUAGUUAUAAUCAAACCGAUGUCUGUAUAUAUUUUUAUGACUUGUUUCUUAUGUUUAAAAACAUGCCUCAUUUUAAAGGUUUUAUUUCAUAAUUUUGAUAAAUUUGUAUAGCCAUCUUGUAGUGCAAAAUAAGAAUUUGUUCAUAAUGGAUCAUGCAAAUACUUUUGGGGGGUUAUUUUAAAAAAAAAAGUUUUUACAAAAUUCACAGAGAAAUGAGUUCAAAUUUUUUGAUCUUUGAAUCUGACUUUGAUUUAGAUGAUAUUUAUGAAUUUUUUACCAAGAGACAUGUUUUGAGAAAUGAUCUACAAAUUUAUAUAUAUUUUUUGUAAAUGGUUAAUUUGUAUAGUUUUGUAUUAGUAGAUAUGUAUUGAAACAAAAAACAAUAGUGAUAGCCAAGCCUUCCUUUAAAAGGUAAAAAAUUAAUUAUAGUCACUCAACUUGAAUUAAUCUUAAUAUAUCAUCAAUAAUGGAAAUAAUAAUGAUUUAUAAGUUAAAAUCAACCAACAUUUUUUUGUAGAACUAUUGCACAAAUAUUGUGAAUAUUGUUGUCAGGAGAUUGUAGUUAAUAUUCUAUGAGGAAUAGUAUUAACCAAUAUUUGUGCAAUAUUCCUUUACUUCAAUCAAAAGUUUCAGUUGACAUGAACAAUAUGUAACCAUUAUUUACAUCAACACUUUCAAACAAUAUUGCACUAAUGCAAUACUGUGAAUUUGACUAUUGUGAAAUGUGUAAGUUUCAUCUCAAUAUUAAGAAGGGAACUUGGAUCUUACGAUUUACAACAUAACACCAUUUCAUAGAUUUAUUUUUCAUCUAAAAGAAAAAGAUUAUAUCAGGUUUUUUAUAUGAGAUAACAUUUUUUAUAUUAAAUCUUCAACUUUCAGAUCACAUUUUUUUUAUGAGGUUAAAGACACACAAACUCAGUGAAAAUACUAUUUAUCUUAAAGGUAGGGAUCGAAAGUCGUGUUUUUAGUUUGCCCAACAUAAACAAUACAAUGUAUUAUAAAUAACAUGAUAGCUAAAAAAAAUAUUGAAAAUUAAAUUUGUUUUGAAUGACCUUAUUAAAAUGUGUUUGUUUUAUUUUUGUUUCUAUAUAUUAUGCAAAUAUAUACAGUUUAUACAUGAUUUACACUAAAUUGUUGCACAAAUUAAUAUGUAUAUCUUGUUUACUGCAGAUUAUUUUGUAUAUAGAAUUAUUUUUACAUCACAGAAAAUGUGCACAUUGAUGGUGUAAUUAAGUGGUAGAUAUUGUUUAUAGUAUAAUUGUAAAUAUUAUAAAUUGUAUUUUUAUAUAAAUGAAUUUGUGUAUGUAUCGAUAGAUAAUGCUAAGAGAGGUAUAUUCCCGCAACUAACACAUUUUAAUGAAAAGUUAUAAUUGUGAAUUUGAUCUAAUAUAAAAUUAAUCUUUAAAUCCUAUUAUAAAUUGAUUGCUUUUUCAUAACAGAUAAAGAAAACAUAAUUAUGCAAUUAGAUAUAGUUGUGGAAUGUUAUUAAUAAACAAAUAUGAAUAUAACUUUAAAAAUUUACUUGUAAGACUAUUUUGGAACUAUUUAGCAUAAUUUACAUGGUAGGAAAUUUUAAAAGGCAUUUAAAUGUGGAACUAUCAUUUUUCAAACAGAUAUUUGUUUACCUCUGAACCUGCUAAAACACUCAAUAAUGAAUCCAUGCAAAAUAGACCAUACAAGAAUUAAAUGACCCUAUCUUAAAUGGAUUAAAUAGUGAUGAUGAUCAAAUUUUGAAUAUUUUUGAACAAAUCCGUAACUGAAAUUAAAGGCAGGAUAUAAAUGUAUAUCUUUCUAAUGGACAUUUUAUGUUGUUUUUUUAAUUUUAAAACUAGAGAAAGGUUGUUAACAUGUCAUUGAUGGGAUCAUUAUGGGUCAUCUUAUUUUAAUUUUGUUGAGUGGGAACAGAUCAGGCAGAUUGAAAUUCGUUUGAUUUCAGUUCAUAUUUUUCAAUGUGUGAAUAAAAUGAAUAUCAGAACCUAGCCUUUCUUCAUGCAAAUGCAAAUUUUGUAAAGUGGAAAUUUCUAUGAUCAAAGGGAAAUAACUCUAAGACAAUAUAAAUUAUAUCGAAUUUCCAGGUUAAACUUUAUAAAGCGUUUGAUUCUUCAUAUUUCCCUUUAUAGAAGCUAUAUGACAGUUAUGACAUUAAGAUAAAUGUUUUGUCUGGCGUUGCAUUCUAAAUUUUAAUUUGUGUGGUCAGUGCCGUAAGUUCAAACAAAGGGGAUUAAGAUUUAUCUUUUCUGCCUGAUAUUUUUUUCACAUUUUUGAAAAGAGGGAUUACAUUUUAUCUAUCAACUUAAGUUUGUCUCAUUAUAUAAGUUUAAUAAAUCACAAAAUGUCUCAUUUAACGGUCAGUUAAAAGAUAACAAUUCAAUUGAGCUACUAGAUGCUAUUCUUUGUUUCCAAUGAAAUAACUAUAUCAUUACACAUCAUCUUGAUUUAAACAUUUGAGUCCGUGUAAAUAAGAUGCUAUAAUUUUACAAUGCUGUUAAAAUGUUCUGUUGGCUUUGAAAGAUUUAUUUCCUUUACAUUGUUAUGAACACUCUAGUGCUUAUUCUAUAGAAUUGAUUAUUGUUGAGUUCAGUACAGAUAAAUGUCAUGUCUGAAAACUUAAAAAAGGGAAUGUUAAAUUACUUAGAGGUUUGGUAUUUGGAAUUUAAGAUUUUCGGUUGCUAGUUUAAAAAAAGAGGAGCAGAUAUACAGUUGCUUGAUUGUGUUAUGUUGAUUCCCUUACUUUUCCAAUAAGAACAAUUUUCUUGAGUCAGUUUUGGUAUGACUUGAGAUAGUUCUAAUUAGAAAUUUACAAAUUUAAACAUGCCUUAAGGUGAUCAUAUACAUAUUCACAAUUUUAGAAAAUAAGAUUUAACAAGGAACUAUUCCUUAUCAGAUAUGAACUGGUCCAUCUUAUUUUUACCAAUUACUUUAUUCCUCACUUUGAUAAAUAGAUCUAGUUACAAAGGUGAUUGAAUAGCAGCUACAUUAGCAUUUAUUAAGGGAUUAUGUUUGGUAACUGUUGUUAAGGGAUUAUAUUUGGUAACUAUUUGAAUAGGGAUGGGAGAUGGAUGUUCUGCAAUUGAUGUUAUAGUAAUCAGCUCCAGUUAAUAAUUAGAUUCUUAUAGUUUGAAACACAGGAAGAGUGUUUUGUUAUUAUCAUUUGUAAUUUCCAUGACUAUAAAUAAGCAUAUACUAACUUUAUACAGACCUUUCAUAUUAUAGAUUGUGUAUUAUUAUCUUUUUAACCAUAAUUAUUCACUUGAAUAUAGUUUUUAUGAAAUUGGUAUAUUUCACCUGCAAACAAAAGAUGGCUAUAUAGAUUAGUCUGUCAAUCCAUUUUAGUUACAGCCUCCAAGAAACUUUACGUAGGAGUAUUCAGAUGUGCAUUUGAAAACAAAUAAUUCUCUUCUAACACAACCUUUUAGUUGUUGCUUUUUUAAGAAGGGCAAAAAGAAUACAUCUACGAAAUAAAUCAGUUCCAUUUUCAAUACAAAAGCCCUGGUUUGAUUUAUAUCCUUCGACACUACUUUACAUAAAUAUGCUGCCCAGCACAACUUGACUAAUAAGACAACUAUAUAUUAUCUUGACUGUGAGAAACCAUAGAAAAACAAUCACAAUGUACAAAAAUUAGUGAAAAGAUAAAAAGAACCAUAUGAAAGAUGUAUUUAUAGCACAAAAUUUGAUUGUUGGACUGGCAAAAGAACCUUAAAUGCCUCCAAAUCAUUAAAAAACUAAUCAAAAUACAGUUUAAGAUACCAAAAAUCAAACUGAGAGAGAAAGUUAUGUGAUACAUUGAAACCACAGUCAAUCAUUUUUGUCUUACCUUAGAGGCAGAUUAAAACUUUACACAAGAGUAGUAUAACAAAAUGACUUCAAGCCUCAUUGUGAUUUACAAAUAGUUAUAUUAUGUGAACAUGUUUUCAUUGAUUUAGGUUAUAUUUUGACCUUUAGAUGUAAAUGUUUUGGUAAUGAAUGUUUAUUCUGACCAACCUCUUGUUCUUUUAUAACUACAAUCUUUUGUAAAAAAAAAGUCUUGAGUGUAUUGUUUCACCUUAGUAUGUUUUUAUUAGAACUAUUGUUUGCUACUAUUAAACAUUGCAAGAAGUUGGAAUGUGUGACAUAAUUUGACCAUUAUUUUGGGGAGCAAAAGUCUGUUCAGAUGAAUAAUACUAAACAUUGAGGGAACAAAUUAACUUAGAAUAUUUGUAUGAAAUAUUUAAAGAGUCAAUUUUUAUUUUAGUUGGCUCUAUUUUAGAUCGUAAAUUAACUGGGAAACAAGUAGAUGUAAGAAAGUACUGGGAAUUAUUUUGAGGUUAGUUUGCAAUAGAUAUAUGUAUAUGAUCUGCUAGUCUAGAUCUGAUAAUUUUGUUUAUGUUACUUUGCAUUUAGUCGUUUCUACACAAAUAUACAGAGCUUCGAUGUUGACAUUUCAUUUUAUCACUAGUUAUUCCAAGUUUUCACACGUGUAAUCUGAUGUCCAUUUAUAGAUAACAAAUCAUUGCUUACAUUAUCAUUUUCAUUGUAAAUAAAUGUAUCGUGUUAGAUGUUUACGUUAAAUUCAGUGAUCAAAUCUGUGUUAUAUCAGUGAUAAAAAUUUUACUUUAUGAAAUUAUUUACAUUUCUUUACUUAGCCAUUUAGACAAACUUGAUGGCGAUAUCUCCAAUUUUAGAAAAAAACCUUUAAUACACAUGACAACUGUUAAAUUGCAGUUAUUCAAUAAAAUUGUCUCGAAAGACUAUUAUCAUGUCCAUGCUUUACUGAUUUUUCCAGCUUUUUUUAUUUCUGAAUCAAGAUAAGUAGUCUUGAUAGGGCAUUUUUAAAAAUCCGUUUUUAGAUUUGAUAAUUAAGCUUAUAAUGGUAAUGUGUUUUGAUGUCAUCAGUCAAAGAUUAAAUGUUGGGAAAUUAGCAGAGUAGGUUAUGUUUUAUUAGCAUACAUCAAAUUAAAGAUUGAUGCAAAGAUUGAAAUACGUUACUGCUAUGUUCAUGCUCAUGUUAUUGCAAAAUUAAUGGAAAUAUUAUCAAUUUUUGGAAUACGAAGGGAGGUAAAACAUGUUUUAAAUAGCCAAAGGCAAAAAAAAAUACUACAUUCUAAAGAUGUUCCUUGUUUCUUGAAUUCAUUUUUUGUCGCUUCUGGGAAAUAAUAUAAACCCUAGACUUUAUGAUCAUUUAUAAGCAUAAGUGAAGAAAUAGUAUAAUCAUGGAACACUAUAGGGCUAAAUAAAAAUUUUCAAGUAUCAACAAAGUCAAAGCUUAAAAAUAUGUUAAAAUCAACUAGACAUAAAAAAAAAAUUACAAUACAUUACUAUCCCAUUGGGAAAAACUUUAAAAAGACAGCUUGGAAUAAGAAAAUUGAUAAUUUGUGCCAUGAAAUGUUUAAAAUUGUCUAUCGGAAUUGAUGUAAUAAAAUUUGCUUUAAAUUGACUUUAAAUUAAGUGGAACUUUAAGUUGAAAACAAGUUGAACUGGUUGUUAAGCAUGUAUAUGGAGUUGUAUAACAUUAAGUACAAGAAGAAAAUUCUGCAAUAUUAAUCUCAGAAAUUGUACAGAAUAAUUGAGUGAUGUUACUUUAAUAUCUCUUUGAAAAAGUUGUUUAUACAGAUUGAUUUAUGCCACACAGUAGGAAUAAUAGUGUAUAAUUACUAUGAUUUAUGCCAUAGUAGGAAUAAUAUUGUAUAAUUACUGCAAUUUAUGCCAUAGUAGGAAUAAUAUUGUAUAAUUACUGCAAUUUAUGCCAUAGUAGGAAUAAUAUUGUAUAAUUACUAUGAUUUAUGCCAUAGUAGGAAUUCUAUUGUCCAAUAAAUACCCAUAGUUUGUAUUGUUCAUUGUCCCACAUGAGUUGUUGUGAUGAUUUUUUACAAAUUGUACAUUUAUCAUGUAUCAUAAACCAUAUUGAAUAUGUAUUUGUUGUACUUAGUUCAGAAUCAAACAUUUUGUUUUUAUAUCUGUAAUACUAUCAAGGAAAUCAUUUUAGAUGUGUAAAAAUUGGUAGAACAAUAUAGUAUUGGCUUGAUAGACAAAUUCUUGAUUUUAGAGUUUACAACUAUUUUUUGUUGAACAUUGAAGCUUCUUCAUCAGUAAAGCAUUCUGGGUGAAAUAUUGUAUUUGUAAGUUUUCAAAAGUGUUGAGGAACUGAAAUGAACAAAGGAUACUAUACAUUCAUGAACAAGAGUUCUGUUUCAGGGGUUGAACUGUAUAUGUUAGAGAUCCAGAGCAUUUAAAACUUUGUAAGAAUUACAUUAAAGAGCUACUUCAUGAGGUGGGUCUCACCAUUUAAACUCUUCUUAAGUGGAGAUUUGGCAUAGCAAACUCUUUUGACACCAAUAGUGAAUCCUUAUGGACAGUCAUCGAACAACUGCAAAUUGAGAUAACAUGAUUAUAAAGACAAAUUCAUUGAAUGAUAGGGGGAAAAAAUUAGAAUCAGUAAAAUUUUUCUUUUGAAAGAAGAAAAUAUCUAAUAAGAAUAUUUAAAAAGAAGAAACAUUCAGUUGAACUCAGAUUUUAUAGAGCUUAAAAAGAAAGCAUAUGUAAAUUAGUUAUGUUUUUAUAUUCUGUUUGUUUUUCCCCCAAUUUAAUAAUACUGAAAAGUGAUCAAAAUUUAUAAUAGUUAUAAUUCUUAAUUUAACUAACAAAGAUUUAAGAAUCAGGACAAAUGAAUUAUUGAUGCUGAUGUGUUUAGAAUUGAACAACAGUUAAGAGAAGAUUCAGUGUUCAUUAGACAAAGGUUGAUUUUUCAUAUUGAUAUUCAGUCUGAAUUUAUUUGCUUUACCAAUGGAAAUAACAUUCCACUUUUAUAUUUUAUCUGUUUUCCUCAUUCCUUUACAAAUGCUUAAAGAUAUACUUCUUAUUGUUACAUAGCUUUAGAAAUUCACCUAAUUUUCUACACUUGAAUAAAUAGUAUUUUCCUAGUA